ACAAACCAACGGUCGGAGCGUAACUUCUCGACCGGGAGCGCUAAAGAAUUAUUUUAAUUAACUGUGAGCCGUACCCGCGAGUGUGUGUGCGUCGAAUGCGUGUACAUGUGCGGGAGUGUGAGCGGAGAUAAUUAGUUGAGCGGCAACUCCCAAAUCGAGAACAAAACGAGCGAAAAACAACGCAAAAUGCAUUAGCGAACGACAAUUGAAUUGCGCGGAAUGCAGGCUUUUGUGCAAUAAUUAUUUCUGGCGAUUUGUCGCAAUUCGUUGAAAUCUCUAGCGAAAUUCGAAGCGAUAUGCUUAUGUUGGCGGUGUGAAAACGAAAUCGAAAUUUCAACUACGUGUUGCUCAUUUUCUGUUGUUUGCCUAAUUUUGUGUCUUGUUGUUUUUAUUUUCGCAAACGAAAGUCUACCGCUUUGCAUGUGUGAGUGGUGAUCGAGUGCGUGUGUGUUGGUGGUAAAAGUCGGCGCUGAAACAACACAACAACAAAAAGAAAAGCCUUCAAGAUGAGUGUGUGGAGCGAUUGCAAUGCCAAACAGGCAGAAUUCGGCAUUGCUAAGUGCAAUUUCGACCAGGAGACGAAGCCACAUCGUCUCAAUCUGGAUGUUGGCGAUGCGGUGAUAAUCCUAAAGGAGACCACCCACUGGUACUACGGUUACAGGCAAAAAGCCAAGGAAACACGCGGCAUAUUUCCCAAGAGUUAUAUACAUUUAUGCGAAUAUAAUAUCGUGAAUGGGGAGUUUUGCAUCCAGCGUACGGAUAUUGUCGAGGAGAUCACAAAAGUCCUCCUCGAGUGGGGCUCCAUAGCCAAGAAUUAUUUUCUGACCACAAAUCCUAGCUUUCCGAAAAUUCGCCGCAAAAUGAACGAACUAAAUAAUAAUCGAGCGGCCCUGAUCUCCGGCAAUCUUCCUUUGGAUGAAGUGCGAAAGGUUAAGCUGCUGGCCACCAACCAGAUCGAUACUGGCAACAAGCUUCUCGGUCUGGACAUGGUGGUGCGAGAUGAGAGCGGCGACAUCUUGGACACCAAUGCCAUCUGCACCACCGAGCUCUACGAGCAGCAUAUGCACGCCGUUCAGCGCAUCGACAAGGCCAAUCGGCUGUCCAGCGAGCGAGGAACUACACGAACUCCCGCCAAGUAUUCGCACAACAUCCUCCUACACGUAAACGCCUUCGUUUGCAAGUUCCAGGAGGACUCUGACCUGCUCUUCACGCUUUUCGAUGGUGAAACGCACAAACCCAUCAGCGAAAACUAUGUGGUCAAGUGGUCACGAACAGGUAUCGCGCGGGAUAUUGACCAGAUCGACAACAAUCGUGUGCUGUUCACGGAUCUUAGUAAAAGCGAUCUGGCCAUUCCCAAAAUGUACCUGGUAUGCUAUGCCAUUCGCAUCGGUUCUAUGGAGUUCAAGGAUUCUGCGGAGUCGAAGCGGACCAGCAUGAGCAUUGCUAAUAGUAUGCUCAAUGCCUCGAGUCGGAAGGCCUCCCAGUUAUCGGUGAGCUCCAGUGGAUCGUCAAGUAGCAAUGGGGAAUACAUUAUCCGGCGACCGUUUGGAGUGGCCUGCAAGGACCUGACUCCUUUCAUCAACAAAUUGGACGACUUUCGCGGUAACAUAGACCUGCCUUUUAUCAUGUGCGAAAAGGACACGCUGGAUGGUACGCUAAGGAAGCUUAUUGUCAACAAGGAUAUCGGCAAGAUUGACUCCAAGAUGGCUGUCACCAUCGAGGUGUUACGCGGCGACAUUAAGCAGAUUAAGGAAGAAUUUCCCAGACUGAUGCAUACAAAUGUGCCGGUGGCCCGCAAGAUGGGAUUCCCAGAAGUUAUAUUACCCGGCGAUGUGCGAAAUGAUCUUUACCUAACGAUCUGCAGUGGAGAGUUUGCCCGCAUCGCCAAAACUUCCGAGAAGAACGUGGAGGUAUCGGUGUGUGUGGCCAAUGAGCAAGGAUACCUGAUGCCCGGCGUGCUAAGCAUAGGAGCUGGACAUCAACCGAUUGACGAGUACAAGUCGGUGGUGUAUUACCAUGAUGAUAAACCCAAAUGGCAGGAAACUUUUAAGAUCCACGUACCCAUUGAGGAUUUUAAGCAGUGUCACCUGCGAUUUGUGCUGAAGCAUCGCAGUAGUAACGAGCAGAAGGAUCGCACUGAGAAGCCCUUUGGCUUGUCUUAUGUGCGUCUGAUGCAGGCCAAUGGGACGACCAUCACACAGGGUCAACACAUCUUGGCUGUCUACAAAAUCGACCACAAGAAAUAUGACAAGACGGUGGCCAAUUCUUAUUUGGAGCUUCCAUCCACGGUUGCCGAGCUGCAGGGUGCAAAGCCCUCCAUCAGUGGACUCACUUUACUGCCAAAGGAUCAGCUCUCCAUUGGGGUCAAUCUAUGCAGUACCAAGCUCACGCAGAGCGUAAGCUUGCUGGGUCUUCUUAAUUGGUCGGCCCACAAGGAGACGCUGGAACAGUCCCUUAACGCCUUGUCCACUGUACCCGGAGAGGAGGUGGUGAAAUUCCUGCAGGAUAUUCUGGAUGCCCUGUUCAAUAUACUCGUGGAAAAUGAUCAUCCCGAGAAAUACGAUCAGCUCGUCUUUAUGAGCAUUAUACAUCUGAUUGAGACUGUGUCUGAUCUCAAAUACCAACACUUCCUCACCGUUCUCGAUGUGUACAUUAAUGAGAGCUUCUCAUUUACCCUAGCCUAUACCAAACUAAUGGAUGUGCUGCAGAAAAACAUUAGUGAUGCGAUCACUCCAAAAGAAAAGUCUGCCGAUGGCAAUGAUCUUGAGGAGAGCGUCGAGGUGCGGCGUCUGUACAAGACCACUCGUUACCUUCACUACGUUAUGAAGUUCGUGAUACGAUCGCGUGUGCUCUAUGCCGAGAUGAACUGCAACACGGACUAUUUGGACUUUGCCACCCGGUUGCAGGAACUGCUGCGGAUGUUCAUCGACAUGAUUGGCUGUCCGAGCAAUCUGCUUAAGUCCGAGGGAGCACUGCUCAAGAAUCUGCAUAUUAUAGCCACGGAUCUGAUGCAGGUCUUCGAUCAAGUUCGAUUGAGCGUUUCCAUUGUGGAGAUCCUUGAGAAAUUCCCACCGCGACGGCUCACUCAGUCCAAGAUGGGCUGCAUCAAGGACUUUGUGGAGACGAAGCUUUUCACGCUGCCCAAGUGUCGGGCCAUCUUGUUACCAGUGUUCUGCAAGCACAUCAAAGAUCAUCUCGAGAGCAAGGAGGAGGGAGACUCGAAAACCGAUAUCUGGCAGCAAGAAAAGAAUCUUUCGAAAGCAGCCAAAGUGCUUGGACAGAAAAAAUCCCAACUGCACACAUGUGAUACGACUGCCAACAAAAAGAUUGCCGAGUGCAUCAACAUUAUGAACAACAUACUGAAACUUCUGUUCCGGUCGGACGUAGGCUCCACGCACAAUGACAUUCGGGAUAUUAUGAUCAUCCUGUUCCGCACCGUGAUGAAGGCAGCUCACGCCUUGGAUAGGGAUACGGGAUUGGUGGGCAAGUUCUUUGCCAUUAUGCUGGGAAUCCUCCAGCGCAUGGAUGCCCAUCAUUAUGAGUACUUUGUGAAGGAUUUGCAUCAGCGAGGAGAGCUUAAGCACUUUGUCAUAGAAAUUCUUUUGGUCUUUGAGGAGCUGGUGUCUCCGCAUCAGAAGGCAGUGUUCCCGCGGGAUUGGAUGGAUAUGAUAAUGCACCAGAAUACUGUGAUCCUGGGAGCUCUGAAGCAUUUGACUGUGGUGAUCACGGACUACUUCCUGUGUCCAUUUGAGAAACAGAUUUGGUCGAACUUCUUUCAGUGUUCCAUUGCCUUUUUGGUACAGUCUCCCCUGCAGUUAAAUGAUUUCAAUGAUAAUAAGCGGCAAAUCGUUUUUGCUCGGUAUCGUGACAUCCGCAAGGACACGGCCAUGGAGAUCAGGAAGAUGUGGUUCCAGCUGGGACAGCACAAGCCCAAGUUUGUACCCCAGUUGGUGGAGCCCAUACUGGAAAUGAGCAUGAUACCGGAGAAAGAGCUGCGCCAGGAGACCAUUCCCAUCUUCUUCGACAUGAUGCAGUGCGAGUACUACAGCUCCCGGCUGGAGCAGGAGAGCUAUGGCGACACCAAGUUCAAUAAUGCCAAUUACAAGGCAAAUUUCUCGGACUUCAAGACAGCGAUGAUUGAGAAGCUAGACAUCCUGAUUGGUGCUGGCAAAGGCGAUGCCGAAUAUAAGAUUCUCUUCGAGACAAUCAUGAUGGAGCGCUGUGCUGCCCAUAACACUCUUAAUGUGGACGGCACUGCCUUUGUGCAGAUGGUCACCCGGCUGAUGGACAAGCUACUGGAGUACCGCUUUAUUAUACAGGACGAGAGCAAGGAGAAUCGCAUGGCUUGCACGUUCUCUCUGCUGCAGUUCUACUCGGAGGUGGACCUCAAGGAGAUGUACAUCCGCUAUGUCUACAAACUGUGCGCUCUCCAUAUGGAGUUUGAGAACUACACUGAGGCGGCUUUCACCCUUAAGCUCCACACUGAACUGCUGCGCUGGACGGACACGGAACUGUCCCAUCAGCUGCGCAGCUUCCGGCACAGUAACUGCCGUACACACCGCCAGCUUAAGGAGGCACUCUACUUCGAGAUCAUGGAGUACUUUGACAAGGGCAAGCAAUGGGAGUGCGCCAUCGAUAUGUGCAGGGUGCUGGCUCGGCAAUACGAGGAGGAGAUCUUCGACUACCUCAAGCUGGCGGAACUUUUGAAUCGCAUGGCCAUGUUCUAUGAGAAGAUCAUCAAGGAACUGCGACACAAUUCCGAGUAUUUCCGAGUGUGCUUCUAUGGCCGAGGCUUUCCGCGGUUUCUACAGAAUCGCGUCUACAUCUUCCGUGGCAAGGAGUACGAGCGACACAGUGACUUCUGUGCUCGAAUGCUAGUACAGCAUCCUCAGGCGGAGCUCAUGCAAACGUUGGAGGCACCAGGCGAAGACAUCACCAUGAGCGAUGGGCAGUACAUCCAGGUGAACAAGGUGGAGCCGAUAAUGGGCCAGGCAUUCACCAAGUUCAACGAUAAAAUCAUCAACAACGAAAUCGUCAAAUACUUUACGGCAAACAACGUUCAGAAGUUCCAGUUUUCUCGCCCCUUCCGGGACAGCAUGAGUGGCGGUGACAGGGAUGAUGUACGGAAUCUUUGGCUGGAACGUACUGAACUACUUAUACGCUUUCCGCUGCCGGGAAUUCUGCGCUGGUUCCCAGUCAUCGAUACCAACACUUUCAAGAUAUCGCCCUUGGAGCGAGCGGUGGAAAUUAUGAAGGACACUAAUCGGGACAUUCGACAGCUUGUGAUCCUCCAUAAGAGUGACGAGAGUCUGCACAUUAAUCCUCUGAGCAUGAAACUUAAUGGCAUUGUGGAUCCGGCGGUGAUGGGUGGCUUCGCCAAGUAUGAGGAGGCCUUCCUUACCGAGGAAUAUCUAGAGCAGAAUCCGGAAGACAAGGAGUUGGUAGAAGAGCUGAAGGAGCUGAUUGCCAAUCAGAUUCCACUGCUGGAUUUGGCUAUCCAACUCCAUCGAAUGCGAGCGCCGGAAAGUCUGAAGGCACUGCAGGAACACCUGGAAAGCUGCUUCGCCGACAUGCAGACGCACGUGGAGUUGCGUUACGGUCGCAAGUCCUGUGACCUGAAAAUUGAACGAGAUACGGUGGUAAUGCGACGGCCGAACUCAUUCCUGCCUCCUCUUUUCGAUGGUAGCAAUAAUCGGCACUCCGAAACCAGCAUGGGAUCCUCAGAUAGCGGCCUGUCGAAGUCAACUUUUCUGCCACGGCCACAGACCAAUUCCAUUAAGAACCCAUUUUCCGGUCUCAGUUUCAACACUAGACCUAGUUUGGGACAUUCGCCCAGCAUUAAAAGCAACAAGAGCAAGGAUAAGACUCCGGGCAAACGAAGAAAUAAGGAUGGAAAAGUAAAGGAGCGUGAAGUCCAUAGCAUGUCCAGCAGUCAGUGGUACACACCGCCCUUGUCCACCAUAACAUCGACGCCAGAGAAGGAGAUCAACACGUCUAUUGCUUCGCUAGCCAGUACUUCUAAUAGCUCUCUGAGUGGUCCUAAGACCCCAGAUCCUCAUGUUCUUACAGAGGAGCUAACACCCAAGCGACCUCUGCGUUCGGAAAUGGAGAAAGAACGUCGACUCUCUCGUCCUGCCAGCAUUGCCACUCCCACAGCCACUAUCAAGAACUUCCCCGACACACGAUCUCUGUCCGAAAGCAGCAAUCGCAAUUCUGUUGAAACCACGGAUUCUACUUCGGAGGAGGAUAUUCGACCGCCACCAUUGCCAGCUAAGGCGCGGGACUCUACGGAUUUCACGAGCUUGUCGCAGAACAUGGAUUGGACACCGAAUGGUUAUGCGAUGCUCAGCACCAUUACUAACAGUAGCAUUAGCAGCAUGAGCACGACCUCGACCCUGACGAAGACCAGUAUUAGCAAUACCACGUACGAGUAUUUGGAGACCACGAACUACAGUUUGGUGGGUGCCGUCGAUGGAAACAAACCGCGUCCGCCGACGCCGCCACCGAAGCCAUCGCGCCACAGCAAACACAUUCCAUAGGGUAGCUAGAGAAGGGCGAGUUAUAUCCCCAAAAAGCUUCCAGUGCAGCGCCAUAAAUGUUCAAAAGUUGUCGAGUGCCAAAUAUUCCUGUUACUAUAUGUAUAGCCGGCAAUCGAGCCUGUAACUGCAGCCACAAAAAACAAAACCGCAACGACCUUUGCCUCAACCUAAACGACCGCCUACCAAAUCAAGUGUCUUAAAAAACGAUCGCAUUAGCAUGUAAUAUUCAGAUUUCCGAUAACUAUGUUUAAGUGUUUGAUUACGUUUAAAUGGUAUUAUGUUGAACAUGUCAUUUUCGUUUAGUUAUAGAUUUCGUCUUGUAAUUUGUUUCUUAACAUACCCAACUGCUUGUCUUCCACAAGUACCAAUUGAUGUUGUACACAUAUGUGUUGUACCUUAGAUUACCUACGACUAGAUUUAAGCUUAAAUCAGCAAUUCGAAGAACUUUGUACGUCUCUUAUGCAAACAAGUGCCACAGUCUAUAUGCAAUAGUAAUUAACAUACACAAACCCCACGACCAUAUCUUCGAUUUUACGAAACUGGAAAAUGGUUUUAGCACAAUUUUACUAAACAAGUCAAUUACGAAAUACGAAAACGAAAUUUUGUAUGCUACAAUUUUAAAACAUUUUUUGAAGAAUGCAUAACUAUAUACACUGUUUUUAUACGAUUCCGUAUAGCCAUAAAGUAGAGCGAUUUAGAUAUAAGGCUUAUAUAAAUAUUAUAUAUGAAAAACUGACACUGAGACCAUACCGCACACUUAUACUACCAUAAGUUUAAAUAUUUAAUUUUAGCCAAAAUCGUUGUUUAAUUUUGUUCAAAUGGAUUCUGUGUAAUUUUCGAUCUGUGUAUCGGCCAAAGAUUAAGCAAUAAUAAAAUAUAAUUAAGCAUGUAA